UAUGACCGUCUCUGCAUCCAGUCUCCCUCUCUUCAAGCAUAUAUCCAAAAAUACUUGAAUCUAACUCACACUCAAGAAUCAAGAUGGAGAAGCUGUAUAGGCCGUCGAAAGAUGAUAUUUUUACACAAUUCUGGAAGAGAGAGUCCGGUUUCUCAGCUCCCAGAAACUUCUCUCGCCGAGUCUCUGCUUCCGAGCCUCUGGUGAAGCGGCUUGAUUUGUAUGGGAAAUUAAAUGGUCAUCUGGGAUGUGUUAACACAAUUGACUUCAACUCCACCGGCGACAUUCUAGUGUCUGGUUCUGAUGACAAACAAAUAAUUUUGUGGGAAUGGGCAACAAAGACAUCAAAAAUGUCGUAUGCAUCAGGCCACUCGGAUAACAUAUUCCAAGCCAAAUUCAUGCCAUUAACCGAUGAUGGAAAAAUCGUAACUUCAUCUGCUGAUGGCCAGGUCAGGCUUGGCCAAGUGCUGCAGAAUGGUAGGGUAGACACAAAAAGGAUAGGGAAGCAUCAGGGUCGUGUACACAAGAUUGCUGUGGAACCGGGGAGCCCCUACAUAUUUUACAGCUGUGGUGAAGAUGGUUUUGUUCAACACUAUGAUCUGCGGAGCAAUUCUGCUACAAAUCUUUUCAGUUGCUCAUCAUUAAGGACAAACAGCAAGCAGUCUUCAAACAGCAUAAGGUUAAAUGCUAUCGUUAUUGACCCUAGAAAUCCUAAUUUUUUUGCUAUAGGGGGUUCCGAUGAAUAUGCACGCGUGUAUGACAUUAGAAAGUGCCAGCUGGACGCAUCAAAUAAUUCAGAUAUGCCUAUCAAUACAUUUUGCCCCCGUCAUCUUAAUAACAAACAAGAUGUUCACAUCACAGCAUUGGCGUACUCUUGUACAAGUGAACUUCUGGUCUCGUACAACGAUGAAUUAGUAUAUUUGUUUCAGAAGAACAUGGGCUUGGCUCCUGGUCCUUCGUCUGUGCCAAAUGAAGAUGCAGAGAAACUGGAAGAUCCACAAGUUUAUACAGGGCACAGAAACUCACGAACAGUCAAAGGAGUGAGUUUCUUUGGUCCAAAUGACGAAUAUGUUUUAAGUGGAUCUGAUUGUGGUCAUAUAUUUGUCUGGAAGAAGAAGGGUGCUAAACUUGUUCGUAUGAUGGUAGGCGAUAGGCACAUAGUGAAUCAGCUCAAGCCCCACCCCUAUAUCCCAGUUUUUGCUACCUGCGGAAUAGAAAAGAAUAUUAAGCUUUGGACUCCCUCAUCAAAGGACAUUAAUCCUUUGCCUCGUAAUGCCACAAAGUUAAUGGAGGCAAAUAAACAAGAAAGGGAGGACCAUUCGCGGGUUGCACUCACCCCUGACGUGGUCAUGCAUGUUUUGCGCUUGCAUCGGAGGCAAGCAUUGGCUUAUAUUGAGAGAAGACGCGGUGGGGAGGACAUUGACAGUGAUGAAGAAGAUGAAAGGGAGGCUUACGUUUUAGGAUUUUCAGAUGUUGAUUCCGAGGAUGGAGGGGGAAAUCCACGAGAAUGCAACAUUAGCUAGGAGCUGUGUAAUAUAUCCCGUAAGUCAAAGUUAUCUAAAGCUGCUACGCGUUUUGCUCUUAGUAUGCAUUUAGAAUGUCUCUGUGAAUCAUUUCAUGCGCAGUACACAUGCAUUUACAGAGACAUCUAUCUUAUUAUAUCCUAUGUACAUUACCUCCCAGGAGCUUACAGUUGACAGUUAUGUACUUAUGCUUUAAGUAGCAGUUAAUUUGCUAAUUGCUAUGACAA